AACGGAGCGCACAGUCGAGCAUUAGUACGCGAAGCUGCCGCUUCGUUUGUUCGGCGGUGGUCGGCAAACUUCGGUUUCGUGUCGUAGUUUAUGGUAGGGGUAACCUGGAUCGAGCAUAGAGCAAUAGACGGAGAAAGAGAGAGAGAAAGCAAGAGCAAGAUAGAAAUCAGACCAGGACGGUGCAGAGAGCAGAGACCAACGUGUCUCCUCUCGUGCAUGCGUUCGCCUGUACGGAACGGUGGUGUGUGUGCAACAUAGAGAGACAGACAGAAGGACGUAUGCGUGGCGCGGUGAGAAACGUGUUACGAACAGUGACAGACAAGAUGGCGGUGUGUCUUGUGCAGUAGUAGGAACAGUGGUACGUAGAGUACAUUAGAAGGAUAAAUAGUGGAAGAAAGGGGUUAGGUGAAAGGUUUAGCAGCUGGAUAGUAUGGAACCAGCUCUUACGACGACCACGAGACGUCGCGGUCAUCAACAUCAUCCGCGGUACACUACGCGUCGACGUAUCGAUGUCUCCAGCAGAGGACCCGCGCAGUGUGGCCCUGCUGAUAUCGUUAAAGAUACGCCGACUGGUAACAACGAAACGCCAACGACUACAACGUCAUCGAGACUCGAUGAAAAAAGCACUGUCAUUGGUACGGAGUGUUCGACCGCGGUGACAGUACCCACGAUCGUCGGCCCGAGGUGGCUCCAAGAUCCGACGGCCACUGCUGUAUCCUCAAAAGACGUCAACAAGAUAACGUACAAGCUCGAAGAUGAUGACAGAGAGGACAUCCGACACAGGCUCGCGCAGUGUAGCCUGGAUGUCCUCAAUGAACGACGCGAACAGUUUGUUCUUGAUAGAAACGAGAACGAGAGCUGUGACAGCCACGAGACGGAACAACCAUCAACUGAUAAGCCUCGAUUAAGGCCACGUGGGAACGAGAUAUGCAAAAACGAGUCCGACAACGAGACGAGGAGCAAAGAAACUUCACCGGAGCCUGAGCACGCGGUCGCGAGGGCUCGCGGUGACGGGAACUCUGACGACGAGUCGACCAACGUCGAGGAGGACCCUGAACUUGCUGAGCUUGCCAAGCUUAGAUGUCCUAGCGAAAGGACCGAGGUGCAAGCUGAAAGGGAAGCAAGAAGAAGAAAGAGAUGCGCCGAUUAUCCUGGAUUAGCUUUCGGAUGGUCCAUAUUCUCCAGCGACACGAUGAUGAAAUUCGGUCUCAUAAGGAACGAAUUGCAGAAUAUUAUGGGGAACCAGCUUAAACGGGCUGAGUCCGAAGUAGCCGCUCUGAAUCGUCGUAUCCAAUUGUUGGAGGAGGACCUCGAGAGAUCGGAGGAACGCCUCGCAACGGCCACUGCUAAAUUGGCAGAGGCGUCGCAAGCUGCGGAUGAGAGCGAACGGAUACGCAAGGCACUCGAAAACCGUACCAAUAUGGAAGAUGACCGAGUAUCCCUGUUGGAGCAACAGCUAGCACAGGCUAAACUGAUCGCCGAGGAGGCGGAUAAAAAAUACGAGGAGGUUGCCAGAAAACUAGUCAUGAUGGAGCAGGAUCUUGAGCGCGCCGAGGAAAAGGCAGAACUUUCGGAAGGGAAGAUCGUCGAGCUUGAAGAAGAGCUGCGCGUAGUUGGCAACAACCUGAAAUCCCUCGAGGUUUCCGAAGAGAAGGCGACGCAAAGAGAGGAGACUUUCGUGGGCCAGGUGAAGAUUCUGGAUAGUCAAUUAAAAGAGGCUGAAGCUCGUGCCGAGUUCGCAGAAAGAUCCGUGCAGAAAUUGCAGAAGGAGGUCGACAGGCUCGAAGACGACCUUGCCGCCGAGAGAGAGAAAAACAAAUUGCUCCAGGAAGAGAUGGAGGCCACCCUGCAUGACAUCCAGAACAUGUAGAUCGUGUCUCGCGGCUGACAGAAACAUGAGAGAAAAAAAAGUCGAGAAAAGAUUUAUAUAAAUAACAAAAACGUUGAGAAUUUAAAAAGCAUACGCAGAUACUAGGGUACGAUUCCUUCGGGAUUAAAGGAACAAAACAGAGAUAAAAGGAAUGAAAAGUAAAUACUGUAAACAGAAUUCGAAAGGGGUGAGGGUCGCAGAACGAACGAACGAACGAACAUCGAAAGUUUUUUUGAGUUCGACGAUAUUUAUCGAAAUAUCGUUGAGAAACAAAAAAUACACGCUGUGCGACACGAGUGCUUUCGUAAACGUUUCGCAAAACGUUGAAAAACUUCUUUUUUUUUUCUUUUCUUCCUUCCUUUUCUCUUUUUCGUCAGAAAGAGAGGAUAUACUUUAUACUUUGUAUACUUCUGCUGCGCACGCUUUUCACUCGAACUAUCGUUUCUUCAUCCUUUUCGUAGGAAAGGAUAGAACGAUGGUUCGAGUAAAAUGUAUAAUGUAUAAAAAAAGAAAGGUAGAGUGUGCGGUUUGUCAAAGGGGCUCGAAGAUGAAAACUCCCUUUGUCUUCUGUGUUUCUUUUCUUCUUUUUCUUUGAAAUUUUGUCGUUUGUUGUCCAAAACAUAUCUUUCACGACUAUCAUUUUUUUUUCUUUUCUUCUCUGGUAAUGCUUGCUUUUAAUUGGAUUGUCGAUCAGUAUGAUUAAUUUCAAUACCAUUGAGUGUCUUUUAAUUCCUUACGAGGCGAGUACUGUAAAAGAGAAUCGUGAGCGAAGACAUAGGAAACAGAGUAAAAAGGGCAACCGAUCAAAGCGUGUACGUCAAGGAAGAAUUUUCUAUCGAGUUUGUCAAGUAUUUUCCACCUGUUACGUCCUAUCACGUAUCGUGGCUUCCGAACGUUCGUAAGACAUCGCGAGAUUUAUUCUACUUUUUUAAUUAAUCUAUUUUGCUGAAAAUUCUACUCUUCUGUAUUUUAAUUAUUAUCUUUAUGUACGUGAGAUAGUUAUACAGCUUUUAUAUAAACAGUAUUAAAUUGAAUAAUUAAUGGCUUAGACUCCUCGAUUUGUUAAUUAAUGCACAUUUCAAUGACAAUCAUAAAAAGUUCCAAUAAACAUAUUGGGACGACCUUAACAAAAAUAUUUGACAAACUCGACCACAUAAGUAAAUUUUUCCUCGGCGUAGGACUACUGUAUGAAUUGGCAGCAAAAGGGCGAACAUGACCAUUGUUCGUUGCUUUUCGUCGUUAACGUUUUAUAAUUCCUUGGG